GUUCAUUCCUUCACAAUUUCAUAAAAUCAAUUUUUUUUAGCCGUCGUUCACUAUUUUUUGAAAAGGACAGUUUCUUCAAAACUCUAGAUCUCCACCCACCGCAUUUUGUUCAAAGAAAGUUGAUCACGGUGGGGAUUUGCUUCGUGUUUGGGUAGAUACAUUUAUUGACACUGUGGUUUGAUUCAAUUAAGUGUCAGAUUAUAUUGCAUAUUAAGAGCUCAGCUCCAGUUGCGUGAGCUGUCGUUGAGCAAUGAUGAGACAAGUGCAAGUCAAUCCGGUCCACUGGUCGCUCCAAUUAGAUGCAGAUUUAAUCGCUUGGAAACAAUUGGAUACCACAUUUCUCUGCUAUGACCCCUACGGCCGGACGUCGACACAGAUCACUAGUCCAACGGAACGCCUCCAAGCAAUUCUGUCGAAUCAGUCUCUCUUCAUUCGAGCCACUGAUUUGACAAAGUUCCUUUCAAAGUGUCCGCCAGAAGCCUUAAAAGACAACUUUCAACUAAUUAUAAACAAUCUAUUUUUCUCUGGGAAUCGCGAACAAUCCUGGGACUUGAGAAACAUGAGAAAGUUAGAAUUUCCGAAUGAAUCGGCAGCCCUCCUUAAACUGCUUGCGGCGGAUGGCCCCAUAAUCACGCUGGCGUUGAGGUUGAUGGAUGAUCACAAUUUUCUGUUGGAGUUUCCUCUGGAAGCAUUGCCGAAUCAACUUCAAAGAAGACUCUUGGAGUCAGAUAUUCCACCAUUCUUUGCGAAUAAAUUGGGAAUGCCGCAAGGUAUUGCAAGGCCGCCAAGAUCAAUGCAAAGUUUGAUGUUGAAUCCAUUUGAAUACUACAUCUUUUCAUUCGCAUCUAUAAAUCUGCUCGGGUUGGCUCCUACAGGCCGUAAUACAGAUUAUUUGAGCGGAUGGGCUGCAUUGCAAGACACUUUGUACACUAAUGUGUUAGAAGAGUAUCUCAGCUACUAUUUUCCUUGCACUGGAUCUGGCGUUCCGAGUCAUAAUUUUAAUUACACUGCAAAUCAUCCAAAAGAAACUGUGUUUAUGGCAAAUUCACUUUUGAGUAAUGCAAAUGGUAACAGGCAGCAACAGCAGUCAAAACAUAACUAUGGUAUGGCUGGUAUGCCACAGCAGCCAUCGGAUCUCCAAGAGAAAGCUUUACCGAAAUUAUUUAAACCGUCAGUUUUGCAAGAGCAAACAGGGCCUGUGCCUCAAAGGGAAGCUUUAUUUUUAACAACCCAUCCAUCCGCGUACAAAGAAGUUUGGCGAAGUGAAACGAUGAUUCAUGUUUUCAUGGAACUUUGGAUGUGCGGAUACCAUGGGGCACUGGAUCAAGUGGACAACUUCGUUACCACUAGUCCUAUGAUGUACGGCGGAUUGCCUACCGUUGAAGUUGUAAAAUCUAUUCGGAUGUUGGUGCGACACUUGCAUUACUUUAUUAACUGUGUAAAUUCUCACGCGCUGCAUCCCAUGGAAGAAAUACGACGAACAUCAUUUCCAAUCUUUCAAAGAAGACUGUACACAUUUUUAAGAUAUCUAUUUCACCACUGGCCGUUGGAUAACUCUUUCCGCAUCGUGUAUGAAACUUGGCUAAGUUAUAUUCAACCGUGGCGUUACGUAACUAUAAAAAAUCCGUCAUCUCGGGAACCUACCAUUGAGGCUCCCGUUGACCGCCGUUGGUUCAAUUUUCUGAUCGACAACAUUUUGUUUUAUUCAAAAAUUUUAUCGCAAAUACUCCUCCGUCUGGAACGUGUGGAUUUGACUGCAACCAAGAACGCUUUAAUGUUUUAUCGACUAGCCAAAGUUUUUACUACUCAUGAAAACCUAAAGUUGAUGUUACACGAGAUUGAAACUAGUAUUCUUACAUAUGAAACACAAUUCGUGGCAAACCCAGCUAGUAAUGCUCCUUCUAAUACACGAAAUUCAACUGUGUUGGGGUCGUCUCCACGUUCGGCGGCGGUUUACCCUACACCAUCAGGUGGCCUUGCUUCCACAACGGUGGGAGGUUACUUUAGUGGGGGAAAUUUGUCUCCUAUUGCUUCGUCGCCACCGGCUUCACAACAAUCGUCCCACCAGGACUACGGCUUAGGAUUAAGCGGAUCUGCUGCGACGGCAAAUGCUACCAAAAUAGCUCAUAUUAAGCAGCUCAUGAAAGACUUGGAAAACGCUUAUUACGAAUAUGAGCCAAUCUUUUCUACCGUAAAUACACGAAAGAUAAAAUUAUUGCUCAUAAAUUCCACCGAAGCUAGAAGUAAUCUGAUGGCUGCCGCAGAAAAGCUAACUGCCAAAGACGUCAAGCCGUUUUAUUCCCUCAGCAAUUUUUUCAACACAAUUUUUUCUGAAUCGACGUCUGAGACGCAGAUUGCUGCUGCAGAAGCGACCGAGAAGCAAAAGGCAGCCAAUCAUUUGGAAUUUUCAAGAAAUCAGUUUGCAGUGUUUUUUGAUAUACAGCUGGACGACAAUACUCCAUAUACAAACGGUUUCGGAACAAAUUCGUCUCAAUCUAUGAGUAGCAUGUAUUUCUCGCCGGACUCGAGACCUCGAUACAGUUCAGGAAUCUACGCCAAUAACCAAAGUAGCGGUGAAAGCAAUUCGAACAUAAAGACAAUUUUGCCUCCGGGGGUUAUCGUCGAGUCUGAUCUUAUUCCACACGGAAACCCGGACGAAUCACAUGUUCGAAGUGACGAAAGUCGACACUUGGUCCGCCUUCUUGGCAAAGUUUCGAAUUUUUUCAAUUAUGUGUUUGAAGACAAAAUUGAGGAAAUCUACUUCAGUCCGUCGUUGUCUGGACGUUAUCUGAGAGCCAUGUUAGCCGAACCUGCGGAAUACAUUGUCUAUCUCCGAAAAGGUCCAACCGGCGCCCGAAAAGUGAUGAAAGUUGCGCGUUAUCUUCCUCCGCGAGUGCAUCUCCGAGCUUGUGCCUCUACUACAUUUUUCAUCUGGGUUUUUGCCGUAAUGGUCUUCUCACUCCUCCUAAGUCUAAGCUCGGGUGGGACUUGUGUCUCUCUUCUAACCUUAUACUUUAUUUACCUCACGUUCCGUGCAACUUCUGAACCUGUGAAUAAGCUAGCGGAGUUGCAACAGCUCAGGAUGUUAUAUUAUCAGGUAGACGACGAUUCUGCUACUACAGACCGUCCUGUAGGGUCACCAACAUAUGUCCCUUCAACCAGCUCAGUGUUUAAACCAACUUCUCCAACGUCAGCUAGACCUGAAGAUGAAUUUCGUAUUCACCGAAGGAAUCUGCGAUUUGAAGGUGCAGGAGACUCCUUUUAAAAAAAUGUCAUUUAUUAUACAAAAUUCAGAAGAUUUUUUAUAUAUGUAUUUGUAAUCAACUCAAAAGUAUAUUACUGUUUUUCGUUCGAAUUUAAUUUCAAUAUUUUCCCGUACAAUACAGAUGAAUGAAAAUUAAAUAAUUUUUUGUAACAAGAGA